AAGUGGUUAUAAAUCUGUCUUUUGUUGUUGUGGUUUAAAUCAGUUUUAAAUUCCAAUAGAACAGGAUGGAAGGCUUUGAUGAUGCCGGUGUUUUCUUUAGUGAUAAUUUUGGCGGAGAGGACAAUCAGAAUGAUAAUCAAGUUAAUCUUCAAGGCGUUAAGAAAAAAUUUAAGGAAUUUCUUAGGCAGUUUCAUGUGGAUAACUUUAAUUACAAAUACAGAGAUACAUUGAAACGAAAUUACACAUUAGGAAACUAUUACUUAGAGGUAAAUAUAGAAGAUGUUGCUAGUUUUGAUGAAGCGUUGGCAGAAAAAAUCAACAAACUGCCUUCUGAACAUUUGCCAAUUUUUGAAGAGGCCACCAAGGAGGUGGCUGAUGAGCUCACUGCACCAAGACCAGAAGGAGAUGAGGAGAUUCAAGAUGUUCAAAUCAUGCUUACUUCUGAUGGAAACCCAGCAAAUUUGAGAGCUAUGAAUUCAGAUGUAGUAUCCAAGUUGGUUAAAAUACCAGGGAUCAUAGUUAGUGCAUCUGGCAUUAAAGCUAAAGCUACAAAAAUUGCAAUUCAAUGCAGAUCCUGUAGUAAUGUAAUUUCCAAUUUAGCUGUGAAACCUGGCUUAGAAGGAUAUGUUAUGCCCAGGAAAUGCAAUACAGAGCAAGCUGGUAGACCAAAAUGCCCAUUGGAUCCAUACUUUAUUAUACCAGAUAAAUGCAAUUGUGUUGAUUUCCAAGUUCUGAAAUUACAAGAACUUCCAGAUGGAAUUCCUCAAGGUGAGAUGCCAAGACAUCUUACACUUUACUGUGACAGAUAUCUAUGUGAAAGAGUGGUACCAGGGAAUAGAGUAUUCAUCCUUGGUAUUUAUUCAAUCAAGAAAGUGGGACGGCCUUCAAGAAGAGAUCAUCGAGAAAAAGCAAUUACCGGCGUACGAGCUCCUUACAUGAGAGUUGUCGGAAUACAAAUUGACACUGAGGGCGUAGGCGGCAAGGGGACCUCAGUGGUAUCUGCAGAAGAAGAAGAUCUUUUUAGGAGGAUGGCUGCUUCGUCGAAUAUAUACGAGAGGCUGGCGAUGAGCAUUGCUCCUUCCAUUUUCGGAGCAGUUGAUAUUAAGAAAGCAAUUGCUUGUUUGUUAAUGGGAGGAUCUCGCAAGAAGUUACCAGACGGUUUGACGAGGAGAGGAGACAUUAACAUAUUACUUCUUGGCGAUCCUGGUACAGCCAAGUCUCAGCUUUUGAAAUUUGUCGAACGUGUGGCCCCUAUAGCUGUUUAUACCUCGGGAAAAGGAAGUUCCGCAGCAGGUUUAACUGCCUCUGUAAUGAGAGAUCCUUCUUCCAGGAACUUUGUAAUGGAAGGCGGAGCUAUGGUACUUGCAGAUGGUGGUGUCGUUUGCAUAGACGAGUUCGAUAAAAUGCGAGAGGACGAUCGAGUAGCUAUUCACGAAGCCAUGGAACAACAAACAAUUUCCAUAGCGAAAGCUGGGAUCACUACCACUUUGAAUUCUCGUUGUUCAGUGUUAGCUGCUGCAAAUAGUAUCUUUGGUAGAUGGGAUGAAACGAAAGGUGAGGAGAAUAUCGACUUUCUACCGACGAUUUUAUCCCGUUUUGAUAUGAUCUUCAUUGUUAAAGACGAACACGACCAAAAUCGAGAUAAGACUUUAGCGAGGCAUAUUAUGAGCGUACAUAUGAACGCUGGUCAAACCAAUAGUGAACCUAAGGAAGGAGAGCUGUCUUUGGAAUUAAUUAAGAAGUAUAUAAAUUAUUGCCGCACGAGAUGUGGACCUCGCUUAAAUAAUGAAGCUGGUGACAAAUUGAAAAGACGAUAUGUUUUAAUGCGGUCAGGUACAUUACAACACGAAAAGUCGGUGGAUAAAAAGAGUGCCAUUCCCAUCACAGUUCGUCAAUUGGAAGCGAUAAUUCGUAUGUCCGAGAGCUUAGCUAAAAUGCAGUUACUCCCAUUUGCAACGGAGGUUCAUAUCAAUGAAGCCCUGCGUCUUUUCCAAGUGUCUACUCUUGAUGCAGCCAUGAGUGGAACGUUGUCUGGAGCCGAGGGUUUUACCACCGACGAAGAACACGACAUGUUGUCUAGGAUCGAGAAGCAGUUGAAGAGAAGAUUCGCCAUAGGUACCCAAGUAUCGCAGAUGAAUAUAAUCCAAGACUUCACGCAACAGCAGUACCCGGAACGUGCAGUCCAGAAAGUUAUCCAUACUAUGAUCAGAAGAGGACAAUUGCAACAUAGAAUGCAGAGAAGGAUGCUGUAUCGAUUGAGUUAAUUCGAUUAUAAUAACUGUAACUUUAUUUUUUGUAUCUUUUUUAAAUACAUCGUUUGCUUAAUA